AUGGGAUUGACAAGUAAUACGGGGCUAUUGGCUAGUGUAAGCCAAAAACAAGACAUACCUAAACAUAAGAAUAAUCUUGAACUAAGAUGCGAGGUGACUUCGGCUCCAUUCAUGCUGCGACCCUACGCCGCUCUGUACAAUCCUUUCUCUCAUGCCUGCUCCGUACUAUGCAACCACCCGGCUGAUACUGAUGCUAAGGAAUUUGUCAAACGUGCCAAAGAUGCGUGGGUUCUGGAGGGAAAGGCGCAUUAUUUUCAAGAAGAUUUAUCCAAGUUUCAAAAUGGUGAUAAUGAAAAAAACAGAACACCCCACGACAUUGUCACAGAAGAUAUGUUCCGAAGGUAUGCAGAAACGGAUUCCCGUCCCUUGACACCAGCACCGACACUGGCCAGUGGCAAGUCUCGCGGCUCUCGGCGAUGUCUGACACCCGAUCAGCCAAAUCAGAGGACUACUAUAGUGUUAGACUUAAGACGAAGCCACAGUCAGGAAACCCUGUACUACCAUGGUUACACUACAUCCGAUAUGACGGGACAUACUCCUAGUGCGAAUGAGAGGUCUCUUCCCUCACUAAAUCUAUCUACCAGCGCCCACACGAGACUUGUUAACGGGCAAUGUGAACAGUUACCACCUCUUGCUUCGCCACUGGUACUGUCCAAACGGACGCUUAAAGAACCAGUCAGUGUUAGAACGGUUAAGAAGAGUCAACUAAAAGCAUUAAAUCUCGGUAAAACAAUAAAAAGUAAAAAAGUUGAGGCUCCAGCGUCUCAGAGAUCUAAAGACGACAAAGAUGGCGAAGGAAGCGAACAAAUGGCACUCCCGGAUGAUGGUGGUAGUGGUGAAGUGAGACGGCGUGGUAAAAGAAGACGUAAAGGUCGUGCCACGGGCAGCGAUAGACUUACUUCGGCAGGAUUGGCUGCACAGGCACAGCAAGAUCCAGAAACACAGGUUGCCGGAAUAGGAACUGACUCCAACAAUCCAAGUUCACGAGGGUCCAUAGCUGCUGUAAAUGACGAAGAUGUUAUUUUACCAGUUAUCAAAACUGGCCCUGAUAGGAAAACAGAUUCGUUUUUGGACGACGACAUCUUGAAGUAUUUGCACAGAGAAGUUGAUGAAGAAGCUAUUGAAACGGAGUUUGACACGAAGCGUCGGUAUGUCCUCCGUGAAGCUCUUCGCACCCGUCCUGAACGCGUAUUAACCCAGGAAAUGUCUCAACUAGUUCGCGAACUACGCGUGCCUCCGCUCAGUCUGGGCGACUGGCUCCAUAUACCGAGAGUGUUCUCAAGACAGAACGCGCAAUUUGGACUUCCAAUCGAUUCUAAUGUCCUCGAAACUUUAACGCCUAUGAAUUACGCUGCUAGGUUCGUAACAAUAAAGAAAUCGAAGCAAUUGCUCUACCUCACGGUCAUAAGGAAAUUCAGACCAAAGGGAUAUAGGAUGCCCGUAAAGCAUAUAGAAGAAGGUUUAAUAUUGAUGAUGGGUGGAAUAAUGUCGGCUGAACAAGCGAAACAGUUCCAAGAGAUUAUGGAGUGGGAGUUAUAUGAAGAAGAUGAAAACAUACCUGACGAAGUGAAGCUUACACUAAUUGACAAUGGUUAUGGACAAUAUUCUCCAGAAGGUGGCGACACACAGACGGAAAAAGACACUAUAAAGUACCGAACGUGGUGCGGUCUUUGCGCCAUCUGCGAAAGAAUGUACGGACGCUUCCAGGCCAGAGACAAAGAUCCACCCGAUGGGAUGGAGCUAAGCGACUUCACUAUGAUAGACACAAAACUUGCCUCGUUGAAAGUUCACAAAGGGCUCGUAGAAAUUCUCAACACUAUCAGAACGCGAUAG